AUGGUGGCCACGUGCCUGCAAGUGGUGGGCUUCGUCACGAGCUUCGUGGGCUGGAUCGGCAUUAUCGUCACCACAUCCACCAAUGACUGGGUGGUGACCUGUGGCUACACCAUCCCUACCUGCCGCAAGCUGGACGAACUGGGUUCCAAGGGGCUGUGGGCUGACUGCGUCAUGGCCACGGGGCUGUACCACUGCAAGCCCCUGGUGGACAUCCUCAUCUUGCCGGGCUACGUGCAGGCUUGCCGGGCCCUAAUGAUCGCCGCCUCAGUUCUGGGUCUGCCGGCCAUUUUGCUGCUGCUGACAGUUCUCCCCUGCAUCCGAAUGGGCCAUGAGCCUGGUGUGGCCAAGUACCGGCGGGCCCAGCUGGCAGGAGUCAUGCUCAUUCUGCUGGCUCUCUGCGCCAUCGUCGCCACCAUCUGGUUCCCUGUGUGCGCCCACCGUGAGACCACCAUCGUGAGCUUUGGCUACUCCCUGUACGCGGGCUGGAUUGGUGCGGUGCUGUGCUUGGUGGGUGGCAGCGUCAUCGUCUGCUGCGCUGGAGAUGCCCAGGCAUUUGGUGAAAACCGUUUCUACUACUCUUCGGGCUCCAGCUCCCCGACUCAUGCCAAGAGUGCACAUGUAUAAGAGCCGCCACGGCCCCGUGGAGGUGCUGUAGAUGCUGGGCCCGUGGCCCUAGGUUCACUUCUCUGCCAGGCACCAAAGCCAAAGGUCUAGAAAACAUCCUGCCUGGCGUUUUGUAGUCUUAACACGCCCCCCCCCCC